AUGACGGAAGAUAGCUCGCGAACCAGCAGCAGUGGUGCUGUCCACACCAUCAAUAGCUUUGCUAUGGGCAGACUUCAUGGCAAGAAUGCUGUAGUCACCGGAGCCGCCGGUGGUAUUGGUCUCGAAACAUGCAUCCUUUUCGCCAAAGAAGGUGCCAACGUCCUCAUGGCCGACAUCUCCGCCCCAGCCCUCGAGAAAGCAUCAGCCAAGCUCAAGCAACUCGUUCCCUCAGCCCACAAAGUUGAGACCCAAGUCUGUGAUGUCUCCAAAGAAGCCGACAUCAAAGCCCUAGUCGACCAUCUCGAUGCCUGGGGCGGCAUCGACAUCAUGUUCAACAACGCCGGCAUCAUGCACGCAGAUGACGCAGAUGCCAUCGACACCCCUGAGAAGAUCUGGGAUCUGACGCAAGCUAUCAACGUCAAGGGUGUUUGGUUCGGCUCCAAGCAUGCAAUUAUCUCCAUGCGUAAACACGGCAAGACCAGAGGCUCAAUCAUCAACACCGCUUCCGUGGUGGCACUCGUAGGCUCGGCUACUCCCCAGUUAGCAUAUACUGCUAGCAAAGGAGCCGUGCUGGCCAUGACGAGAGAGCUAGCGAUCGUGCAUGCGAGAGAGGGCUUCAGGUUCAACGCGCUCUGUCCCGCGCCGCUAAACACGCCGCUGUUGCAGGAUUGGUUGGGAGAUGACCAGCCCAAGAGACAUAGGCGUACAGUCCACUUCCCGGGUGGAAGAUUUGGUGAGGCUAUUGAGCAGGCGCAGGCGGUGCUGUUUUUGGCGAGUGAUGAAUCUAGCUUUAUCAACGGUCAGGACUUCGUUGUCGAUGGGGGCAUGACAAAAGCAUAUGUCACACCCGAGGGCCCUCCCUUGGAAGGACCAAAGAACAACGCUCUUCUAUCCGAACAAGUCGAUGCUAUUCGAGGAACUGGUGUUCCCAAGGGCCCCUAA